UGACAUUAAAUAAAAAUCAUUUAAAUUUGUUUACAUUAAUUAAUUUGUCUUUGCAGAUUGGUGGUGAUGUCAUCGCUUUGGAGGAUGCAGAAAUGGCUCUUCACAUUCCUGUCUGUGGAGUCUGCAACAAGUCAUGGCAGAAAAGACUGAUUUUCUCUCCCCAUCAGACACUAUUGGUUCUUAGACACUGGACAUCGUUAUCGUUAUUGAUAUUUUUAAGUGCAUUUGUGAAAGGGUCAAUUUGGGUUGAAUUUAAGUCUGAAAAAUCCCCCACAUCAUUUCCUGAAACAUCAAAAAGUGUUUAAGUCUGUCUUGGAGUAAAAAAAAAAAACAAAACAGGAAAUUAUAUCCUUAUUCCUGUCAAUUGAUUGCCCUGCCUCUUUUCCUCUUCCCUAAUAUUCUAUUUAUCCCAAAUAUUUUUCAUUACAAAUAAAACUUUUAAAAUUUCUGUGCUUUCAUACUCGUAGUAUUGGACAAACCUGGAAUAAUGUUUUAUUGUAAAAUAAAAGGGAAAUACAAAAAACAAAAACGUUUUAUUUUGAAAGGACCCGGAAGUUUGGUUUCAGCCGAUGACAACUUUUUCUAUCGAAGAAGUUCAUUUCCUUAAACCGGUUUCUGUCGGCAAACUUCAGAAAGUGGUUCGAAGUCUGUCUUGGAGUCGCAUAAAUGUGGAAGUGUUCGCCCGAACCUCUGGCUUUCGUCGCCGUCUGUCUCAGUCGGUGAGUCUGCUAGGGGAUGGACAGGCGGUCGAUCCAGGUGAGUGACGAAGAGCCCGAAGCGCCGCACUGCAGGAGGAGGAGGAGAAAGAAAGCCAUCACGCCGUCCUCCUGCGCCUCCAUGGAUCAGAUCACCAUUGAGUUUGUGAUGCCCUCUGUGGCUCGAGGCGGGAACAGCCCGGACGUUCUGCUGCUGGACGUGGCCGGGAACUGGACUGUGGAGCAGGUGAAGGCUCAGGUGUGGAUGAAGGCGGUGACUUUAAACCUUUGCCCUGACUUCUACCAGCGCUUGUCUCCUGACCACUGCAUCCUGCUGUAUCAGAAGAAAGGAACAGUGUGUGAGAUCUACGACAAGCACCAAGUCUUCCAGACUCUGGACUGUAUUCCCUACUGGAGAGCGCUGAAGAAGGGCGUGGGUCGGAUCCAGAUGGUUCCGCGGCCGCAGCCGUCUGAAGAGUCCCUCCAGUACCAGCGCUACUUGAACUGCCUGAUCGGCUACGACGUGACGGAUGUCAGCAACGUCCACGACGAUGAGCUGGAGUUCACGCGCCGCAAGCUGCUGACGCCGAGACGCAUCGAGCUGUCCGACCGGGACCCCAAGCUUUACUCCAUGGACCCCUGGGUCACCCGCAAGCCGCUGCCCGAGCACCUGCUGUCAAAGGUGAACAAUGGUCACAUCCUGGUGGUUAUUCACAUUGGCAUGGUCAGCCAGACCAUCAAGGUCUCCAUCAAUGACACACCUUCACAGGUGUUGGCGAGCUUUUUCGCCAAGACUGCAAAUAAAAGGGUUCUGCUGGGAAUCCCUGACGACGUGUGUGAGGCGGAUUUUGUGCUGCGCGUGUGUGGCAGGGAAGAGUUUCUCUAUGGAGAAAAGCCUCUCCAGAACUUCAACUGGAUUCGUCAGUGUCUCAAAAAUGGAGAAGAGAUCCACCUGCUUCUGGAGAAACCACCUGAUCCUGAGCUGGAUGUGGUUCAAAAGGAGGACUGGGCUCAAGUGGAUGACUGCACUGGAGUUGCAGGAACUCACGAACAGUUGACCAUCGAUGAGAAAGAUCAUGAACGAGUGUUCACCAUCUCCAUGUGGGACUGUAACAGGAAGUUCAGGGUGAAGGUGUUGGGUAUUGACAUCCCCACCCUCCCCAAAGUGCCAGAGUUAGUAGUCUUCAUAGAAGCCAGCAUUUUCCACGGACAGCAGCUUUUAGCCCAGGAGCGGACGACCUCCAAGACCUUCAAUGAAGAGGUGCUGUGGAACUGUUGGUUGGAGUUCAACAUCAAAAUCAAGGACUUGCCCAAAGGGGCGCGCCUGAACCUGCAGGUAAUCUGUGGGAAACCAACCCAAACACCAGCUGGCAAAGGAAGCUCCCACUAUGAUAACUCAGGAGGAACCGGCAGUUCUGAAGGAAAAACCAAGAACCGCCUCUUGUUCUACGUCAACCUGCUCUUGGUGGACCAUCGCUCUCUGCUCCGGCAGGGCGAGUUCAUCCUCCACAUGUGGAAGAUGCCCGAGAAGAGUGACGAGAGCAGCAGCAGCAUCAACGCCGACAAGCUGACCUCGGCCACCAACCCGGACAAGUCCUCCUCCAUGGCCAUCGCCAUUUUGCUGGACAAGUACUGCUACCCGGUGGUGUUGCCCAAAAGCAGGGAUGUGGGUAGAGACUGUGGGGCUGGGGAGGAGACGGAAGGAGGAGAGAGGGGUCAGAGGGAGAUGCCAAACCACCUGAAGAAGCAGUUUGAGGCUAUCGUGUCCACAGACCCCUUACACCCCCUCAGUCCUGAGGACAAAGAGCUGCUGUGGCACUUUCGGCAGGAGUGCAUGCGCGAUCCAAGGGCCUACCCAAAGCUGCUGGGCUCAGUCAAGUGGGGGAAACAGGAAGAUGUUCUGGCAACACAUCGCCUCUUGGAGCGCAACAACGCCUGGGACACAAGUGGUCUGGAUGUUGGUUUAGCUAUGCAGCUACUGGACUGCCACUACUCCGACUCCCACGUUCGCUCAAUGGCCGUCAGGAAGCUGGAGACGCUGGAGGACGAUGACGUGCUCCGGUAUCUUCUCCAGCUUGUCCAGGCGGUCAAGUUUGAGCCGUACCACGACAGCGCUCUGGUUCGGUUCCUGCUGAAGAGAGCUCUGAGGAGUAAGAGGAUCGGUCAUUUCCUCUUCUGGUUCUUGCGGAGUGAGAUCGCUCAGUCCAUGCAUUACCAGCAGAGGUACGCGGUGCUGCUGGAGGCCUACUUACGAGGCUGCGGGGAGAGCAUGCUGCAGGACUUCAGGAAGCAGGUGGAGAUGACUAUGGCUUUGCAGAGAGUCACCAGAGAGGUCAAGGCCAUGUCUGCUGACAAAUAUGACGUCUCAGCACAAGUGGUGUUUCAGUUGCGUCAGAAGCUGGAGACUCUGCAGUCGUCUGGUCUCCCGGAGACUUUCAGAGUCCCCUACGAUCCGGGGCUGAGAGCUGGAGCCCUGCUGAUAGAGCAGUGUAAGGUGAUGGCGUCCAAGAAGAAGCCCUUAUGGCUGCAGUUCAAAAGAGCCGACCCCACCACCCUGUCCAAAGACCCCAUAGGCAUCAUCUUCAAGGACGGCGAUGACCUCAGACAGGAUAUGCUCAUCCUGCAGAUUCUGCUGAUCAUGGAGUCCAUUUGGGAGACGGAGUCUCUGGAUUUGUGUCUGCUACCGUACGGCUGCAUCUCCACCGGCAACAGGAUUGGUAUGAUUGAGAUCGUCAAAGACGCCACCACCAUCGCCAACAUCCAGCAGAGGGUGGUUGGAAGCACCGGCGCAUUCAAAGAUGAAAUUCUUCACCAGUGGCUGCGGGACAAGUGUGUCAGUGAGGAUAAGUUCCAGCAGGCUGUGGAGAGGUUUCUGUUGUCCUGUGGCGGAUACUGCGUGGCCACCUACGUCCUGGGCAUCGGGGACCGCCACAACGACAACAUCAUGAUCACAGAAUCAGGGAAUCUCUUUCACAUCGACUUCGGACACAUCCUGGGGAACUACAAGAGCUUCAUGGGAAUCAGUAAGGAGUGGGUUCCCUUUGUGCUCACUCCGGACUUCCUGUACGUCAUGGGAACGUCGGGAAAGAAAAGCAGCCCCCACUUCCUCAAGUUCCAGGACGUGUGUGUGAAGGCUUACCUGGCUCUUCGUCAUCACACCAACCUCCUCAUCAUCUUGUUCUCCAUGAUGCUGAUGACAGGUAUGCCCCAGCUGACCAGCAAAGAAGACAUUGAGUACAUCCGAGAGGCGCUCACCGUGGGCCGCAGCGAGGAGGAGGCGCAGCGCCACCUGCUGGACCAGAUCGAGAUCUGCAGAGAAAAGGGCUGGAUGGUUCAGAUCAACUGGUUUGUUCACCUGGUGCUGGGGAUCAAGCAGGGCGUGGAAAAACGAUCCACUUAGGACCAAAACCUGCAGCUAUCAGUGAUAACUUGAAAACUUUGCCAAACUCCUGAAACAAAUCUGCACUUUUUGUUACAUUUCAGAGCAACUAAAGUAUUAGGAUCAGAUUUUUUAUCCAAAUCAAAAGGAAUUGAUUGUAUUUUAUAGAUAAGUGUCCCAAGAGUGUGACAUCGACCAAAUAUCAGAGUGACCAAGUUAAAGAUCGACCCUGAACUUAGACACCAUCAUGGUGACAAUCAGGGGGAGUUCUUCUUUACUAAAUUUUUUUUAAACUUUUUUAUUUUAAUACAUCAAGCGUAAAAACGUUUUGAAUCUGCUAAAGAUUUAUAUGUCUGGAGUUUUUUUAAUCUAGAAACUUUACUGUACUUCUGCUGUACCUGCAAGUCAUUUUCUAAUACGAUGACCAUCAUUUUUAAAAACUGAAAAUGUGCCAAAUCUGUCUUUUCUUCAUUCCCUGAAUUGAUUUUCCAUGUCAAUACUUUCUACUCUGCUGGUGAAUGCAGCAUCUCGUUCUGGUGUGCAAGCUUCCAGCCUCAGAUUUCACUCUUAAAAAAUGAACCCAAAUAUAACAGCUGUUAUUGCAAAUCUGAUUUGUAUGCAUAAAAACAGCAUCCAAGUAAAAGCAAAUGUCAUUUCUGAUGUUAAUGUCAGGUCAAAGUCUGACCAAGUCAAAAGUUCAUCUUGAAAAUUAGGUCAUUAAAGUCAGAUUUUUAUAAUUCAAAAUCAUUUCUAUGAAACUUCGUGUUUGCUUCUAGAGAUAAAUAAAUGGUUAAAACAAAA